UAUAUAAAGAUAUUUCGUGUACUUGUAGAUUAUUUGGGCAUCUAAUGUAAUAAACGAACUAUUUGAGAAGUUCUCAAUGAAAUAUUGUACACAUUUACGCGGAUAUUAAUUUGUACAUUAACUGAAGAUCUUAUUUCGUUUUGGCAGCGACAGUAUGGUUAGAUACACAGAAUUUGGAACUGGGCAUACUCAAGCAAUUGUUGGGGAGAAACUAAAACCUAUGACAGCACCAUAUGACCCAAGAUUCCCAAAUCAAAACCAGACAAGAUAUUGUUUCACUAGUUUCGUGGAUUUUCAACGUUGUAAGAAUCGUCAUAGCGAACAGUAUGAGGCUUGUCAAUACUUCCAAAAAGUAUACAGGGCAAUGUGUCCGAACGCUUGGUUAGAAAAAUGGGAAGAACAACUUGAAAGUGGAACAUUUCCAGCAAAACUGGAUUAAUACAUCAAAGGCACUGUAUUGUGAUUGCCUCCUUAGUAACAUUCUUUAUAUGACAACAGGAGUUUUGAAAUUCUACCUGUUUGUAAAAUAAUCUUGAAUAAAUUAAUGUUAGUUUAAUUUUUAUUAA